AUGGCCGAGCUCGAUAAGAUACUUGAGCGUUGCACGGAUCCAAAAACCGGCACUCUCCAUGGCGUGGCCUUUGCGGCCAUUGAUGCUCAAGGCAACAUCCUCUACAAAAAGGCCGCCGGGAGCAUGUGUGUCGACAAGGAUCCGACCAAACCCCUGACCACCAAUGCCUUGACGUGGAUGGCCUCGAUGACCAAGAUGCCCAGUUCCGUCGCCGCGAUGCAACUCGUGGAGCGUGGCCUGGUCGGGCUGGACGACGAUGUCCGGAAAUGGCUGAAGCCGUUGGAGGACGUCAAAGUAUUGACCGGCUUUGAGGAUGGACAUCCCGUAUAUGAGGAGGUCCAAGGCCAAAUCACUCUCCGACAACUCCUCUCUCACACCUCCGGUCUCGCAUAUGACUCGUUACAGCCUACACUGGGUAAAUGGAGCGAUUACACACAGAGAAAAGAGACUUCUUUCACAGGGUCAAUUGAGGGUCUCACACACCCGUUAGUCUUCCAACCCGGCACGUCCUGGGUCUAUGGCUGUGGCCUUGACUGGGCUGGACAAGUGGUUGAAGCCGUUACCGGCCAGCGCUUCGACGAGUACAUGCGCGAGAACAUCUGGUCCAGACUAGGGGCGAGAUCCACGACCUUCCGGCCGUGGGAGUUUCAGGAGCUCCUCUCCCUCCCCCCAAAGCAGGAGAUGGCCUACCGCGCCGACGGCCCGCACGGCAAAGGACCCCUGACGCCCGCGGUGUUCCCGCACGCGUACCCGCAGAAGGACGACUGCGGCGGCGUCGGCCUGUGGUCGACCGCGGACGACUACCUCAAGCUACUGGGGGCGCUCGUCGCGGGCGGAGCGCCCAUCUUCUCCCGCCCCGAGACGGUGGACGAGAUGUUCCGGCCGCAGAUCGGCGAGGCCAGCCGCGCCGACAUGAACGGCUACAUCAACGGGUCCUUUCGCGACCUGUUCCAGAUCCUCUGGCCCGAGGGCAUGGAGGGCGAUCACUGCCUCGCGGGGACGGUGCAGACUGAGGACUUGCCGGGGAGGAGGAGGAAAGGGACUGUCUGUUGGUCGGGCAUGGGGAAUACGCAUUGGUGGGUCGACCGAGCCAGCGGCAUCGCAGGCCUCAUGUUCACGCAACUGCUGCCGACGGGCGACAUCAGCGUCCGCGAGACGGAGAUUGAGCUAGAAAAGGCGCUUUACAAGGCUGUAGAGGCCAAGUCUUAG